AUGCAAAACAUUCCACGUCUAACUGGUACACGAUUUGAUCCUAUCUAUCCACCAAGCAUCGGAUCAUCCUUAUCAAGUACGUAUCAUGAGGAAGAUCUAAAGAGGAAUAACUAUCGUGCUUUAUCAUGGGAUAUUCCUUUAAAUAUGAAUGAGUUUGAUAUUACGGAUGAUUUUGGCAUAACAUGUAAAGGUCAUCUCAUCUGUUCACCGACACCGAAUAAGAAGUGUCUUCCCUUACGUGAUGUGUUAUAUUUCCGUAAUCUAGAUGCUAAACACUUUUGCUACACUAAAGAAUAUAUUCCGGAUUAUGAUAGAUUUGGUCAUAAACAACUGACGAAUCGACAGAAAGCUGUAUUUGGUGCUUGUUAUUUUUGCAUUAAUCAUCCAUCCCAUUAUGAACAAAUUAAAUUAAAUGUAUUAGAGGAAAUUAAUCGUUAUGAAGAUUAUCAUUGUGAACGGAGAGGAGUUAAACGGAGUAGUCUGGAUAGUCAGUCUAAACAGAAGUCAGUUACACUUCAUGACAAAGUGUAUAUGAAUGAACAUAGUAUGUAUGAGGAGAAUAAAACUCCAAAAAGUAGAUUAUUUAUAACGGAGGAUGACAGCAGAUAUUCUGAGAUAUCUUUAUCACUGUCUGAAAGAUUUCCAUUGCUUAGUGAAACUCUAAAGAAGACUAUGAAAUAUAACAGUCGUGUUGACACUGAAAUUACAGACAGUUAUCCAAAUUAUGGUCAUAGUAGUAAAGAUACUGUCAGCGACAAGAAUGAUGCAUCGGUCAAAAAGCUGUAUGAGCAAGCUGCGAAUAUGGUUGUUAAUAUUAUUCAAUCACGUGUUAAGUCAAAGAAACGCUGCAGAAUACCGAAAAUUUAUGAGGUCAGUAACUUAAGUAAUUUCAGAUAA